AAUCGUUUAAAAACAACCAAUCUUUCCCCACCAAAUUAGGUUGGUAGAACUGACAGCUCUCUUCCGCUUCUAAACGUCAACGUGAUCGGACAAUGAAGCAAAUAGUAACAAAUCAAGUGGUGAAGAUCCCAAAGGAUCUCACUGUGACCGCAAAAUCGCGAGUGGUAACCGUAAAAGGACCAAGAGGAGUUUUAAAACGGUCUUUUAAACAUUUGGCCGUUGAUAUUCGAAUGAUCACCCCAAGGACCUUAAAGGUAGAGAAAUGGUUCGGUUCGAAAAAAGAAAUUGCGGCCGUUCGUACUGUGUGUUCCCACGUUGAAAAUAUGUUAAAAGGCGUCACCAAAGGGUACCAAUACAAGAUGCGCGCAGUGUACGCUCAUUUCCCCAUCAAUUGUGUUACAACGGAAAGCAAUACAGUGAUUGAAAUCAGGAAUUUCUUGGGUGAAAAAUACAUUCGUAGAGUGAAAAUGGCACCGGGAGUUACUGUAUCUAAUUCUGCUAAACAAAAGGAUGAAUUGAUUAUCGAAGGUAACUCUUUGGAGGAUGUUUCUAGGUCUGCUGCUUUAAUUCAGCAGAGUACUACAGUUAAAAACAAGGAUAUUCGUAAAUUCUUGGAUGGUUUGUAUGUUUCUGAGAAAACUACCGUUGUACAAGAUGAGUAACUUGUAUGUUUAUAAUUAAUAUAAAAAUGUUUAAAAGAAAA